AAGAAGUAACAUAUUUGUAUGAAAGAAGAAAAAAAUCAUAUAAAAAUUAUUAAAAAUCUUUGCAAUUUAAUAAAUUUAUAACGUAAUUAUCCAAAUAAUUUAAAACGUAAUAAUGAUGUGAAUAAUAAAUAGUACGAUUGCCUGAAUUAGUGUUAAGUUGAAAAAAUAAUGAAAGAAAAAGUUUUGUAAGAAUUAUUCAUUAUUACAAAAAAGAGAGAGUAACGAAAAAUAGUAAAACUACAACAAAUAAUAAAUUAGUAUAAAAAAACAAAUAAAAACAGAAAACAAAAUACUUCAUAUUAUCCGCUGAAUAUAUUAACGCUAACAAAAUACAAAGAAUCGUUUUGGGAAAAACACUAUCUAACAAAAUAAAUGCAAUCUCGUGGGUUUCCCAUUCGCAAUUAAUCUGGAAGCAACAGCAACAAUAGAAAAUAUAAAAUUUCUACCACCCAACAAGAGGAAAAGCAAUUAAUUGCAGGCAGGGGCAAACAUGCAGGUUUUAAAACAACAUUCAUAUCGUCGUUUGCAUUUAUUGAUAAAUGUUUUCUUAUACUGCGUCAUUUGGAGUGGUGUGGAGGCUUAUUAUGUGGAAAUCAAAGGCUCCGAUUCGGUAUUAAUUGGUUCGACUAUUAAUUUUACGGCCACUUUAUAUGAUGACGGUAAGAUUGCAGCCAACGGUGAAUAUCGUUAUACUUGGAAAGAUAAUGCUAAUCCGCAACAUUAUGGGGAAUUUCCAUCAUCCAAACCCAUCAACACCUGGUCCAUAGACUAUCCUAAAAAUAAAACAAAAUAUGGCAAAUAUAAAAUUCAUUUGACAGUUGAAAAAGAUUAUCUAUUUUGGAUAAAAAUUGCCUCAGAUGCAAUGGAUAUUGAGGUAACCGAUACACUUGGUGGUAAACUGCAACUCAUACAAGAUGGUAAUAUACGUAAGAAACAAUAUGUGUCCACCAAGGCAAUAGUAAAUCAUGCCAUCGAUUUGCCGGAAGAAGAGAAAAAUUAUAUAAUGGAGAAUGCCACAUAUAUACAAACAUAUUGGUUCCAAAACUGUACAUAUCUGGGAGUGACUGAUGGCCUAAAUUAUCAGGCAUCAUAUAGCGAACCAGAACAGAUCUAUGAAAUCGAAGCUUUGGUAGUGGUAUCUUUUGAAAAGUUACCAGAUCCGGUAACAACCACUACUACAACUACAACUACCACCACAACAACAACGACAACAACUACUACCACAACAACACCAAAAACAACUACACCCACAACAACAACUAGUACUACAACCACUCCCAAACCGGCAAUGAAAACAAAACGUGACACUUUGGCAGCCGAUAAAGAAAUUGCUGAAAUGGCUCAUGCAAAUGCGGCUCUAUUAGGCCUUAAUCUUACGGCUGCUUUCCAACAACAAAAUAAAAACAACAAUUCAUCAUCUUUAAAUAUCUCAUCCGUGUUGGUCAAUCCAAAAUUAAGCACAACCGUUAAACACUACAAUCUAUUACCAGUAUCUGCUACACUCUUUGACAACCAACCACCCUUUAAUUGUGUCAACAAAUCGGUUAUAGCUAGAGAUCCCAUGAAAGUAUAUGGUUAUUAUAGACGAUUGAUUGUGUCAAAAUCUCCCAUUAGUAAUUUCACUGCUGAUGGCAAAAACUGGCUGCAACAUGGUGAUAUUCUAAGUUUAAAUAUCAAAUGUAAAGGUUCAUCAAAAAUCAAAUAUUGUCCUUUGGUUUUCAACGCUCCCUAUAAUGCUACCGGCAAUGAAACCUGCGUUUAUUAUUAUGAUGUCGAUGAAUGUGAAUUUAAUUAUUCUCGCUAUUUCUCAGAGAGUAAAACAGUAUUGUUUUUUAUACGCAAUGAUGUCUCGGAGACCGUCAAUCAAGUGACAAUUAAUAUUUAUGAGGCUAAAAGGCAAUCUCAGCUGUCGGUCGUUGUCGUGCCUGUUUCCUGCACAUUGGUUGCUAUAAUUUUAGUUGUAUUUGGUGUCUCUUACUAUCUACAAAGUCGUAAUCGUUUCAAUGUUGAAGUGGCCGAUUUUAAUUUUGGUGAAACCCAAUCUGUUGAUAUGGAGUAUAAGACAUUCCAUCAACGUUUAAUUGAAAGCAUACGCGAUGUUUUACCUUCCAGAAGGCAGUUUACAAGAUCUAGUUCUGAUUUAGGGCCUGAACCCGACAGUCCUGGUGUUGGCAUCGAUAGUGAUUUGCGUUACAAUACAAUGAAUUAAAUUACAAAACUACACAUACACACACAAACACAAUUGUUGAACAAUUCUUUUGCAAAAUACUUUUUUUGAUAAAAUAAACAAAGGAGUAAGAGUACGGAAUAUUGGAAAUUUAUGAAAAAAAUCGCACUGCUAAGAUUUGGUAUUAAAUGUGUUUGGUAUCAAUAUAUUUGAAUAUUUUUUUCUGUUAUUAUAAUAUAAUUUUAUUAUUAUUUUUUUUUUAUUGUAAAUUAUACAUUAAUCUUUAGGUUUAUCUAUUUUUCUACAUGUUUACUACUAAUAUGUUUGUAUUAUUAGUAAUUGUUUGUGUUUCCUUAUAAAUUUAUUUUAUUGCAAACAAUUUCUUUAUUCUCAAAGCAGUUGGAAACAAAAUUUUAGUUUUCAAUUUGAUAUUUAAUAAAACUGUUAUUGUUUCUAACUGCGGUAAUAGUUUCCACAUACUACAUUGCUCUUAUACAAACUCUCAUUGUUGGCCAAAAAAAAAAUAUAUAUAAAGAAAAACCAUUAAAAAUGUUAAAGGAACAAAAUUUAGAUUUAUAUUAGAAACUAAAGAAUGCAUAAAAUUUCGAUACUUUAUAUAUAGUAAACAAAAUGAUCGAUUCAUAAAGACAAACAUUAUAAAAUAUUUAUUUAUAAAUUUAAAAAAAGAAGAGAAAUUAUCUCUAACAUAAAAGUUAUAAAUUAUGUAAAAAACAAGACUGUCUUUGUUCUAAAAAAAAGGUUAUAAAUAAAACAAGAACUUAAAAAAGAAAAACAAAAAACUAAACCAGCAAACUUAAUUCGUUUAUUCAAUUCAUUAAAGCAAAAUUUAUUAAAACUUGAUUUUACUUUUAUUCCACACACACACUGUCUGUCUACACAUUAAUACCGUGUUUUAUUUGUUUGAAAUUAUUAAUAACUAAACACUUCUUUUUUGUACCUCUCUAAUUCCUAUUUUUGAAUAACAUAAACAUCUCAUCAUACAUAAUUGCCCAAUUCACAAUUGAUGUCGUAGUGUUGUAGCAUUGUAUGUCAUAAAUAUUUUUCAAACAAAUUUUUCGAAACAAAAACAAAUCAUUAAUAAAAAAUUACGACAUACAACGAUACAACGCUACGACAUCAAUUGUGAAUUGGGCAAAUGUUCCAUAAAAUAAAUCAAAUAGUUUAUUACAAUAAAUGCUCAUUAUUUCAUUUUCAUAAUAAAUAAUAAAACAAAACAAACAAAAAAGGAAAUCGUAUAUAAUUGAUCUUUUAGCUUUAACAUGUUGAUGAAGCGAAACAAGAAAUACCAUGUUGUAUUUAGUUUAUUAGUGUACAUAAUUAUUAUAUUAUAUUCAUACAUGUAUAAUUUAAAAUUAUAUAAAUAAAAAAGUAAAAAAAAAACAAUUAAAUAGAAA